GUCAUUUUACAAACGGACAACUUAACAGAUAGAUUAAUUAUCAUUCGUCAUGUAAAAUUGAUUGACAUAUUAUUUUGUAUUGUUAUCAUACAAUUAUUUUUAUUUUACUUUUGACUAAAUGAACAGUGAGAAGAAGAAAACCUCUAAACGACGUUCGUUGGAGAAUGGUAGAGAUCUGCUGGCUAGAUAUAAGGCCUUACACCAAAAUAUGGAAUCAAAACAAACGGGUGACCCUUCUGAUGACGAUCUAAUUCAGAACGAAAAUGCUGAGCAAUCUCUCGAUCACAGCAUAAUUAUGACUGAAGAUACGUCUUUUAAAGAUACGACGCAAAGCAGUAUCAGUGUGAGUGAGGGGGAAGGAGAUGGAGAUGUCGAGUGUAUGGCUGGUAGGGUUGCAAAGUUGAAAGAAGUUGUGCAUGGUCGAGAAGCUAUGAUUCAAAUGUUGACUGCAGAAUUUGAAAAUAUUCGAGAUGAAGCUGGUUCUCCGAGUUCAUCUCACAGCCAAAAUAGUAGUACUCAGUAUAAGGAUAUCGUCGAUAAUUAUAAGAGUAAACUCAAAGACUUCGAUCGAGCAAUUACUCAGCGGGAUACCCUUAUUUCAAGUCUGCAGGAAUCUUUAGAGAAAACUAUAGCAGAUAGAGACGCUUUAAGAAAUCAAUUAAGUACACUGAGAGCUAUUUAUGUGCCUCCCCAAGACAUCGAUGGGCCUAUUGACAUACAAAAAAGAAUCAGUGAUCUUGAGAUGGCUCUGGGGACUCAUGUGGAAAUGGUAAAAAAUUUAAAUGCACAACUUUCUGAGUCUCAUGAGUGUAUAAAACAAUUAACGAAAAAAAAUAAUAAACAUGAUCAAGAAGUCGAAGAAUUUAAAGAUAUAAUCGAACAAUUAAAUAUAAAAAUUAAAGUUGAAAGAGAAGAGAAUAUUAAAGAAAAAGAAAAUAUUGAGAGAAAUUGUAAAGAAACAGUGUUAAAAAUUCAGAAAGAUAUGCAAAAUAUUUUAGAUAAAUUUGCUAGUGAGACUAAAUCAAAACAUAUGUUACAUGAAAAGAAAAUUCAAGAACUUCAAAGCAAACAUGAAGCUGAAGUAGCACAAAUCAAACAACAUUAUGAAGAACAAUAUAAAUCUUUAUUUGAGCGUUACAAUUCUGAACUACCAGAGUUAGAGAGUAAACAUGCUAAAGAACUUCAAGUUUUCCAAUCACAAGCAAUUACUUACAAGAAAACGAUUGAAGCUCUUGAAUCUGAAUUGGAAAAUCACAAUAAAUUAAAUAUUUCACUAUCAUCUGAUUUAAACAGUGUUAAGCGACAAUUAAUUCAAUGUCGGGAAGAUAGAGAUAUGAUGAAAGAACAAAUACAAUUGCAUAAAGUUCAAAUAGAUGAAUUGACUGCUAAAUAUGUGGCUGCAAGUAGUGUAUUAAAUUCAAGAGAGAGUAUUGAAAGAUCUUUAGAAGAGGCUUUGCUUAAUGUAGAAACACUUAAACGAGAAAAUGAUGAUCUUAAAUGUCGUUAUGAUGAUAUCAGUGCUAAGUAUGCGGCUGUUCAAGCGAUGAUUGAGAACAAUCAAAUCAAUGAAAGAUCAUUGAACCAAAAAUCUGGCGACGUUGAUAAAUCUCUAUCCAGAUUCAGUGGAAUGAGUUUUAGUGAAUUUAAUACAACUUCUUAUCCCACAUUUGAUGAUGCUGGUAUUCAAUUCCAAAUGUUUAAGCAAAGGUUAGAUGAAAAAGAAUCGUUAGAAAAGAAAUUAAUAGAUAAAAUAACUAAUCUUGAAGAGUCUUUAAAUAAAGUCAGCAAAGAAUUGGAAGAAGCUAAUAUGGAGAAAAAAUCAUAUGAAAAAGAACUUAAAGAAACUAAAAAUAAAUGUGAAAAAAUGAUGUCGGAAUUGAAGUCUUAUAAAGAAUCCAAUUGUACUGAUGCCAAGCCUUUUCCAAGUAAUAUUUAUUUCUCCCCAGAUUCCGAAAAAAUUUCUAAAGAUCAUUCCUCAAGGCAGGAUGUUAAUACUGAUAAAAUAAACGAAUCUCAUGAGAAACAAAUCGAAAUGCUGAAGCAGGUUAUUCAGCAAAAAGAUCUUCAGUAUUCUGAAAUUUACAAUAAAUUAAAGAAUGCUUUAGAAAAAUUACAUCAGUAUGAAACAGAAAAUAAACAGUUAGAACAUGGAUUACAAAUUGCUUGGGCAGCGUGUGCAGCAUUUGAAAGUAAGAUGGAUCAAACGUUAAAAUUAAAUGCUACUAAUCUGGAUGAAUCUGAAUUAUCUUCUACCUACAAUGAUCUAGUCCAUACUCAUGAUUUAAUCGAAAAAUCUAGUGAUAAUAGAGAUGCCAUAUCUUGUCAAAAAUCUGAUAAUCCUAAUAAUAGUCUGAGUGACGAAUACUCUAGUCAGAAUUUAGAAAAGUUUGAAAAAAAAUUAGAUUACUUUCAUACACGUAUGGAAAUGAUAGACCAAGAAAAUCAAAAGUUAAGAGAGCAAAAUGCUAAAUUAAUAACUCUAAAAGAGGAAUUGGAGAAACGUCAUACAAAGGAGAUGGAAGAAUUAAGAACUUAUUUCGAGGAGAAAUGUGUACAGAUGGAGAAACAAUAUUCGGAAGAGAUAUUUAGUCAACAAUCAAAAAAAAUGUCAGAUGAUAGUGAAGUUGAUGAAAUGGCUGAUGAUCUUUUCUGUGGAGGUAGUGAAGGUGAUUGUAUUAAUGAUAAAAAAGAGACCAGCAAAAAUUUCAGAGCAGAUUCAACUGAAAGUUGUCGAGAUAAAACUAAAGAAUACGAAGACAUAAACCGUAAUUCAUUUAUAACUGUCAAUCAGCUUUGUCAGACAGAAUGGGAUACUGCUGUUGAAAAUGGCGAACUAAUCGAGCUACGGGCUGCCUAUAGCCAUCAGCUCGAGGAACAAAUCGCACUUGCUAAGCGCGAUAUUGUCAGCGCACUCCAGGAACAAAUUCAGGCGUUGAUAGCUGUUGAAGAUGACGCUGAAGAAAAUUGGCCACCGGAGUUGGUAGAACUUCGAAAUAAAUUUACCCAUAAUGCCAAACGUGAGAUUGAGAAACUAAAAGAAGUUCAUCAGCUUGAAAUAUUUCAACUUAAAGAGGAACAUUCACGUAUUUUAGCGAAAACAGUUGAAAGUUAUAAAGAGAAAAUAAACAAAUUAGCUGUAGAUAGAGAUGCCCAUACUCAAAGUAAUUCAUAUAUUGAUAAUUUGAUGGGUGAAAAAGAUGUUAUUAAACAGCGGGAUACUUACUAUCAAACAUGUGUAGUUUUUAAAGGUAUUAUACAAGAACUUAUAAAAUAUUUUGCUAAUUGUGAAGAAGAACUUAAUAAUACACUUAUAACUGAAGUUUUAAAAAAAUUAUUUGAUGGAAAUGAAGAAUCAAUAUUAACUGAAAAAAUCAUUGAAACUGCUGAUACUCAAUCACCAACAUCGCCUAAAAUGAAAAUCAAAAGAGUACAUUUUGCACCUCAUGCUAAUCAAAUAUCAUCAAUAUUAAAGAGAAAUAUUAAUAUUCCUUUCGAUCUAAUUGAAGAUAAAGAUAGUUCGUUGAAAGAAAUGAAAAUUGAAUUGGACAAAUGUUUCCAAAGGUUAAAAAGUGAAAGUGCUCAACUUUUUGGUCAUACUCUGACACCUAGUGAAUCUAUUUCGGAUGUUAUAUCAAAACAGAUUACUUAUACUACAAAAAUUAAUGAAGAACUCACUUCAAAAUUAUUGGAAGCCGAAAGUACAAUCGAACACUAUGAGGAAGAAUCUCAAGAUUUAAAACGAAAGAUUAUAGAACUACAACAGAAAUUGAUAAUGAUGGAUAAUUCGAAGGAAAUUAUCUCCGAAGGCUAUGGAGAACAAGACACUAAUGAAAGAGAACCUGUAAUACAAGAUUACAAUCAAUUAUAUGAAAGAGCACGAACAGUAAUUAUGAAUGGAGCGAGUGACACCUCUUCUUUACUCCAGUUAAUUGACGAAUUAUGUAGACACCACGACAAGCUAACAGAAGAAAAAAAAGAGAAAGAAGAUCUUCAGCAACAGGUAUCAUUAGACUCCCCUCCUUCCCUACGCAUUCAAAGGGUUCGCUGUCAGAAGCUAGAAGGAGCGGAUAAGCAAUUACGAGCAACUCGCAAAUUCCUUGAAGAACAAGCUAGUGAGAGGGAAAUUGAACGCGACGAUGCAACACGACAGAUACAAGCAUUAAAAGAUCAACUAAAGGAGCGUGAUCGCGAGAAGGAGCGAGAUCUUCGUAUCACUUCUGAGCAGUAUUCACCAUCGUCUGAAACACCAGUCACCCCUUUGCUUCAAGUACCUAAUACGGACGCAAAAGUGGAAGCUUUGGAACUUCAACUACGAGAGAUGUCCAUUAUACUAGCGGAUGAGGAAGCAAAAAGAGUAAAAGCUGAAACAGAAGCGAAAGAUGCGGUGAAUAAGAUAUGGGAAUUACGUGAAAUUAUCACAAGCCUAGAGAGUGAAAUUGAAACAAAGAUUCAAAGAGAAGAGGAAUUAAGAGAUCAAAUUGAGCAAAAGAAUGAAAUGAUGGAAUCUCAACGACAAGAGUUGAUUCAAGAAUUAGAGACAAGGGUAAGAGAAGGAGACAUGAAUAAUCACAUUACUCACCUUCAAGAAGAAUUGAGGCGACAUAAAUUGAGUACGGAAGAAUUCAAUGUUAAUUCUACAGCUCUGAAACAGAUGAAAUCAGAGUUGCAAGAGAUGGUAAAUCAUUUGGAUAAAAAGACAAAAGAGUUAGAAGCACUUCAUAUGUGUGGAUCUAGUUUGAGUUUAAGUCAUCCAAGUGAAGAUGUGUCAGUUCAAGAUCAAAUUGACUCUACAAGGUGUCCAACACCUGAUGAUUCUGAUGCACUUCCUAUCUUGCCUUUAGAUCAACUUUUAAAGUUGAAAGAAAAAUUAGUGAAACAUACACGAACUGAGGAAGUAGCUUUUAAAAGAAUUAAAGAUCUUGAUAUGCAGCUAUCAACAUUAAAAUUGCAAAAUGAGGAACUACUAGCAGAACGAGAAAUACUUCAACAACAUAACUCAGAGCAACUGUUUCAGAUUGAAGCAAUGCGUGGUCGGUUGGAGCAACAAAAACAAAGUGCGCCGUUUGCUCAGCGACAGGCAACGUCAAAACUUGAACUACAAUUGCAUGAAACUAACGCUAAACUUCAUUCUAUGGAGCAGAUUUUGGCUAAUAAAGACAUAAUGCUGAAGGAAGUUACCAGUGAUUUAGAGCACGCUCGUCAGUUAUUGCGCGAAAAACAAGAGGAAAUUCAUUCAAAAAUACAAGCAGAAAAUAAUAUGAUUCAAGAAUUGAAAACUCGUAUCGAAGUUUUAGAACAUGAAAAAGAAGUUCUAGAAACCAAUCUUAAAACGCAAGAGCGUAAAAAUCUAGAGUUACAAACGCUUAUCGAUUCAAUGCUUGUAGACAAAAAUGAUGAAAUUGAUCAUCUCAAAGAACAGUUAUCAAAACUAAAAGAAAAACAACAGGAAGCGUUUAAUUCUCAACAAAUGGAAGAAAAUGAUGGAGGGAAAGAUAGCGAACCUAAAAAUAGUGCUCGUACUCUUAGUGGUAUUCUUUCCAUUGAAUGUGAAGAAGUUGUAGAAGCGAUUCGAGAAGCUCCGAAAAUUGGACGCGAUGUUUCUCAUAAUAUGUCUAAUGUCAAAUUUGUUGGUUUAUCAACUCAAACAAGUGAUCAUCUUGAUGGAUCAUCAAAUCCUUUAAUCGAUUCUCAAAGAUCUCCAAUAAAUGUUCCACCACUCGAAUUGAAUAACCGACCUUUCAAUACAUUAAGCCCUCAACACACGUCUCAACUGCAUCUUUCGUUACCAGCUGAUUCGAUUCGAAGUGAAUCUGAUCUGAAAUCUCCGGUAAGACGAAGCAGUACAACAUCGGAUGGAGUUGGAAGCUCUCCUAGAAGAUCUCAAAAUUCUUCUCACAGUCAAAAAUCUGAUAGAGUUACUCCUAGUAAAUUUCAAUUACAGUUGGCAGAAUCAAGUGGAGCUAAACCAUCAAUUGAAGAUUUAGAGAAUCAGUUGAAAGUAAUUCAUACAGAAUUCCAAGCUAAAUCAGCAACCUUAAGUAAACGUGAGAAGGAACUUGAUUCUUUGCAGAAACGCCUUGAUGAAUUGCGUGCUGAAUACAAGGAUUCAAUGGACACUUUAACGAGAGAUAAGAUGUUCUAUAAGAAUCAGUAUGAACUAUCACAAGAGUCUGAGAGCAAAAUCAAAAGAGACCUAGAAGAAAUUGAGAAUGUUUUAAAAGUUAAAAAUGAAGAACUAGAGUCUUAUAAAACAAAAAUUCAAACAAAUGAAAAAAUUCUUCAUGAACUUCAAAUAGAAAAUGCAACACUAAAUAAAGAUAUAAAAAGAUUACGUGACGAAAAUCGUGCUUAUCAAAUAACAAUUCGUGAAAAGGUUGAAGAACUCAAGAAUUUAAAACAGAUCAUCUUUGAAAAGGAUAUCACGAUUGAAACUUUCAAAACACGUAACGAAGAAAUUGAAAAUGAAAAUAAACAAUUGUAUGAAUUCAAAACUAAAUACGAAAGUAGCAAGAAAAAUUUAGUAGAAAUGCAGAAUGAAGUUGAAAGAUUAGUUGACGGUAUAAAUAAGAGAAAUGGACUAAUUCAAAAGCUAGAGGACACUGUACGACGUUCAAGUUUAUCCGGUAAUUGUACACUGAGUGAUAAAGACCAGUUAAUUAUUCAUCAAGAAGAACUAAUGAAAGAAAAAGAUAAGGAGAAUCAUUACAAUCAAGAAGUCAUAAAAGAAAAAGAUAAGGAGAUUCAUCAUCUUCAGGAGUACAUAAAAGAAAAAGAUAAAGUCAUCAAACAAAUGAGUGAUGAUAGCAAGAGUUUGCAAAGAUCUUUAGAGACGAUUCAAAGCAAAAUGAAGGAGACUGGCAAUGUUGUUGAGUUGAGAAAAAAGCUAAAGGAAGAAAGAAUGUUUAAUGAUGAAUUAACAAAAAUGGUUCGUAAAUUAAAACGUGAACUUGAAGUGUUACGAGAUGAGUCUUUUAGACAGGAAACAGAAGGAACGGAAAUUGAAGAUAUGGUCAAGAGGGAAUUAAACUUGUCUGCAAAUUUAGAUCAAAAAAUUCUAGAAGCCAUUGAUAAUGAUUUUGAAGUUUUGGAUGUUAAUAACACUGAUUCUCAUCAAUCAUUAACAACUAAACCAAUAGAAAAAGAUUUAGAGAUAAUUAUGCAAGAAUAUACUGACAUUAGACGUAAAUUGAAACAAGCCACUAAAGUGAAUGAAAAUUUAAAUAAUGAAAAAAAUUUCCUAGAGGUUCAACAAGAAAUAUUAAAGUCUAAAGUAGCUGAGUAUGAGAAUAGAAUUCUUCAAAUUAAAGCUGACUUCGAGACUGAAUUCAAGAAAAAUAUGAGUUUAACCAGAGAUCUAUCGAAUAAAAAAGCUAUGGUUCAUAAAUUAGAAAUUGUUUUACAAAAUCAAUCAUCUAAAUUUAAUUUUUCACAACAAGAAAGUACUGACAUUAUAAGAAAUUUACGACUAAAAUUAACAUCAUCAUUAGAUAGUGAAAAUGAAUUAAGAAAAGAAUUAACUGACUUAAGACAGAAGUACAAAAUAUUAGAAUCUAAAUUAAAAACUUUACACGAAUCUAUGGGACCAGAACAAGAAGAAAAAAUUUCUACAUCCCCAAUUCUAAAAGAAGAUGCAAAGAAUAAUCUUCUAUUGACUCAAAAGUAUGAAAAAGUGGCAAGAGAGGUUGUAGAGCUCACUGAUACUUUAAAAGGUAUUGAAGCUGAAAAAGCACGUACUGAAAAGCAAUUGGAAAUAGAAAUAAAAGAGCGUGAAAAAUUAGUAAGCAAAAUAAUUUCAGUUGAAGAAAUGAAGGACCAUCUGGAAAUUGAAUUAAAAAGAACAAAAGAGCAAUUAAAAAAUUGUAAAGAAGAAUGUGAUUGGUUGCACAAGGAAGUACAGAUUUUGAAGGAAAGUGAAGAAAAAUUAGAAAUACACAAGUCAAAUGAUCAAGAAGAAAUAAAAAAUCUUCGAAUAGAAAUGAAACAUCUGAGAGACAUUAUGAAUGAUUUAGAGGCUGAUUCAAACUCUUUAAAACAACAAUUACUUAUGGCUCAAACUGAACAAAAACAAUCGGUUCAUGUUAUUCAGGCUUUAAGAAAAAUAGAAUAUGAUCUUCAAAAGAAGUUAACUGCUUCUAAAAAAGAAAUAGAAAAGCUAAAAGAUGUUAUUGCAGAUUUUCAGAAUGAACUUGAAACAAGAUGCAGAAGAGAAUUAGAACUAUCAAAAGAACUUUUAUCCGGAAUGUGUCACGAGAAAAAUAAUAAUACACAUUUAAUUGAAAAAAUUAGUGAGUUAACUGCGGAAAUUGCUAGAUAUUCCAGUGAAAAGGGUAUUUUGUAUGAUAAAUUGAUAAGAGCUCGUGAAGAAACAGAGAAGUACGUCAUGAAAACUCGAGAGCUUGAAAUGUUAUUAACUCAGAGUGAAAGUAAUGAAGCAGAUAAUGAAACUAUUGUGAAGCUGCAGCAACUACAUGCAAGAUAUUUACGAGUUGAUAGUAAAAGAAAAGCUUUGAUAUUCCAAAAACGUUAUCUCCUUUGUGUAAUUGGUGGUUAUCAGCUUAGUGGAGAUGAAACUAUGUCUAUGCUCGCGAAAUUAACCAAUAGUGAACGUUCUUAUGUUACGGAAAAAACACUUAAUGUUGUUACCAAGUGUCCAAAAGCAAGAUUUAGAAGUGCAGUACUUGUUCUUGUUGCUUUAUCUAGGAUCAAGUGGAUGAUUCAACGAUGGAAGCAAGGAAAACGAAAGAAUUCGAAUCAUUUAAUUGAAAAUUCGGCUAGAUCAUAUAUGAAAGUUAAAGAGAAUGCUUCACCAAUGAGUAGAGAAAAACGUCGUUUAGAUAAAGAAAAUUCUGGAGCCAUUGAUUUCGACUAUUACGCACAACGAUUCUUUACGAUAAAUAAAACUUUAGGACUGGCAAUGAGUGAGCCAGAAACUAAACCAAUGCCAUUUAAAUAGUAUUUCUUUGAAUUUAGUACAUAAUAAUUAUCAGUGUUUUGGAAUGAAUAUUUUUUACGUUUUUUAGAGUGACAAAAUAAACCAAAAUAGCCAAUAUUUUUCUCACCAAUAAAAGUCUAAGUAAAUAUUGCGCAUGUUGUUGUAAUUGUUGAUGAUUGUAUACAUUUAAUAGUUGAACAAAUGUCUAUAAUGCAGCUCGUAGGUUAAUUAAACUACAUUAUUAUAAUUAUGAUUAUGAUUAUUAGUAUAUUAUUGUAUAGUUCAGAGAGAGAGAGAGGUACAAAGUCGCUCUUCCGCCUGCACAAGAUCACCAAAGUUUUUCAUUAAAUGUAAUUUGUAGAAAGAACAAAAGAAUCUAAAACUUGUAUCAUUAAUUAUCACUUGAGACUCUACCGAAUAUAUAAUUCAGUGCCUUUCUGAUAGUAAUACAUAUUCAGUAUUUAUUAUGGAAAUCUUUUUUUAUAUUUCUAAUUGUGAAUAAAAAUGUUGCCUUAAUGGAUUAAAUAAA